AUGCUCAAGUCAAUUUCCCUCUUCAGCCUUUUGGCCCUGCCAUACGCAGGGGCAACAGCCUCGCCCGAGUUCUGGGUUGGCCCUGAUGUGCCCGAGGAACCUACCGAGCUUUGGCUUGCGGAAGCCGGCCUACCCGAGGUGUUGAAGACUCGCGAUGUUAGUCUGGAAGACCGCGAUCUCGACAGUCGGGCUACCGUGAAGAUUCCCGUCGUGGCCAACUUCAAUGACCGACUCCCCCAGUCGCCAUUGGGCACCUAUAGAGGACUGGACUUUCAAAUGGGAAACGUCAAGCUAGGAACAGGCUUCAAUGGCCAAGUCACCAAGGGCAUCAUCCCGCGGACACCCCCAAACGCCCUGGGGUACGGCGUCGUGGUCAACCUGGGCGACCCCAGCCCCACCAUCACCGUCGACUACGACGACUCCAACGCCAUCAGCUUUGACCUGCACAACUUUUGGUUCGGGUGCGCCCUGGGCGCCAUAUCCUCGCUGGCCGUGCCCCCCAUCACCUGCGUCGUCUUUGCCGGCGGCUACGACACCACUGGCCGCCGCGUAGCCCUCCAGCAGACCGCCUUUGUACCUGCCAAUGCCUCGUCCGACACGGAGCCCAUGAUCCUGGCUACUCUCAAUGACGACUUCAAGAACCUGGCCGAUGUUAUUUUUGUCACAAAAUACAACACGGCAACGCAGCUGGGCGUAACCCUGAUUGACAAUGUCAACUUUACCGUUACUGCCAAGGUCUAA